AUGUCCAGGCCCGGAGGACUGCUCUGGCUCCCCGUCUUCUACACACCCGCGUGUGUCAUGGUCAACUCCAAUGUCCUCUUGUGGUUCACCGCCCUGGCCAUCAAGUUCUCGCUCAGCGCCAGCCAAGCCCAGUACCCUGUGGUCAACACAAACUAUGGCAAGAUCCGUGGCUUAAGAACACCCUUGCCCAAUGAGAUCCUGGGCCCUGUGGAGCAGUACCUGGGCGUCCCCUAUGCCUCGCCCCCCACCGGGGAGAGGCGCUUCCAGCCCCCGGAGCCCCCUUCCUCCUGGACUGGGGUGCGCAAUGCCACCCAGUUUGCCGCCGUGUGUCCCCAGCACCUGGACGAGCGCUCUCUGCUUCAUGACAUGCUGCCCAUCUGGUUCACAGCCAACUUGGAUACGCUGAUGACGUACGUGCAGGACCAGAAUGAGGACUGCCUGUACCUCAACAUCUACGUGCCCACGGAGGACGGAGCGAACACAAAGAAAGGCAGUGAUGAUAUUACCAGCAAUGACCGUGGGAAUGAUGAAGACAUCCACGAUCAGAACAGCAGGAAGCCGGUCAUGGUGUAUAUCCACGGAGGUUCCUACAUGGAAGGCACAGGCAACAUGAUCGACGGCAGCAUCCUGGCCAGUUACGGAAACGUCAUCGUCAUCACCAUCAACUACAGGCUGGGCGUCUUAGGAUUUUUAAGUACGGGUGACCAGGCAGCCAAGGGCAACUAUGGGCUGCUGGACCAGAUUCAAGCCUUGCGGUGGAUCGAGGAGAACAUUGGGGCCUUCGGCGGGGACCCCAAGCGAGUGACCAUCUUUGGCUCAGGGGCUGGAGCAUCCUGUGUCAGCCUGUUGACCCUGUCGCACUAUUCAGAAGGCCUCUUCCAGAAAGCCAUCAUCCAGAGCGGCACCGCCCUGUCGAGCUGGGCCGUCAACUACCAGCCGGCCAAGUACACCCGGAUCCUGGCGGACAAAGUGGGCUGCAACAUGCUGGACACCACGGACCUGGUGGAGUGUCUGCGCAACAAAAACCACAAAGAGCUCAUCCAGCAGUCCAUCGCCCCGGCCACCUACCACAUCGCCUUCGGGCCGGUCAUCGACGGCGACGUCAUCCCCGAUGACCCCCAGAUCCUCAUGGAGCAGGGCGAGUUCCUCAACUACGACAUCAUGCUGGGCGUCAACCAGGGCGAGGGCCUCAAGUUCGUGGACGGCAUCGUGGACAACGAGGACGGCGUGACGCCCAACGACUUUGACUUCUCCGUGUCCAACUUCGUGGACAACCUGUACGGCUACCCCGAGGGCAAGGACACGCUGCGCGAGACCAUCAAGUUCAUGUACACGGACUGGGCCGACAAGGAGAACCCGGAGACGCGCCGCAAGACGCUGGUGGCCCUCUUCACCGACCACCAGUGGGUCGCCCCAGCCGUGGCCACCGCCGACCUGCACGCGCAGUACGGCUCGCCCACCUACUUCUACGCCUUCUACCACCACUGCCAGAGCGAGAUGAAGCCCAGCUGGGCCGACUCGGCACACGGGGACGAGGUGCCCUACGUCUUUGGCAUCCCCAUGAUCGGCCCCACCGAGCUCUUCAGCUGCAACUUCUCCAAGAAUGACGUGAUGCUCAGCGCCGUGGUCAUGACCUAUUGGACCAACUUCGCCAAGACCGGUGAUCCGAACCAGCCAGUUCCCCAGGACACCAAGUUCAUUCACACGAAGCCCAACCGCUUCGAAGAGGUGGCCUGGUCCAAGUACAACCCCAAAGACCAGCUGUACCUCCACAUCGGCCUGAAGCCCCGGGUGCGGGACCACUACCGGGCCACCAAGGUGGCCUUCUGGCUGGAACUGGUACCUCACUUGCACAACCUGAACGAGAUUUUCCAGUAUGUCUCCACCACCACGAAGGUGCCCCCACCCGACAUGACCUCGUUCCCUUAUGGCACCCGCCGUUCCCCGGCCAAGAUCUGGCCCACCACCAAGCGGCCGGCCAUCACGCCCGCCAACAACCCGAAGCACUCCAAAGACCCUCACAAGACGGGGCCUGAGGACACCACGGUGCUCAUCGAGACGAAGCGGGACUACUCCACCGAGCUGAGUGUCACCAUCGCCGUGGGCGCCUCGCUGCUUUUCCUCAACAUCCUGGCCUUCGCCGCGCUCUACUACAAGAAGGACAAGCGGCGCCAUGAGACACACCGGCGCCCCAGCCCCCAGCGCAACACCACCAACGACAUCGCGCACAUCCAGAACGAGGAGAUCAUGUCGCUGCAGAUGAAACAGCUGGAGCACGACCACGAAUGUGAAUCCCUGCAGGCCCACGACACGCUGCGCCUCACCUGCCCGCCCGACUACACGCUCACGCUGCGCCGCUCUCCCGACGACAUCCCGCUCAUGACGCCCAACACCAUCACCAUGAUCCCCAACACACUGUCGGGCAUGCAGCCCCUACACACCUUCAACACCUUCAGUGGGGGCCAGAACAGCACCAACUUACCCCACGGCCACUCCACCACCCGAGUAUAGCUUUGCGGGGGGCUACUACCCCUGCUCCCUCCCACAGC